UCGUAAUUUACCAGCUGUAAAACUUUGUGUACUAACAUGAUGUCUGCUGUAUGGAAGUAUUUUAAAUUAGAAAAUGAGAGAAGUUCAGUUGCUAGUUACAAUGUUUGUAUUUCUCGUUGCAGAAGAAACAGAGCUGCAUUCAUUACCAAUUUACUGAGAUAAUUAAAAUGCAAACACCGGACUGAAUACACCAAGUUCACCCGGCUAACUCUUAGCUAAUACUGCUAAACUACAUUCUGCUCUGGAUGACCAACCCAUCGUAAAAGUGGAAAAAGGACUGAAGCACGGAAACUGACCACGAAAAUGUUUAAAACUGCCUAUCAAGGAAGAUUUGUCCCCAUUUUUCAAGCAAUCGGAAGCAAGCCGAUGGAGAACUGGAGCCAACAGGUGAAAAACGGGCACAUGGAAAGAAUCACAGACGACGAUAUCCAGUCGCUUGUGUGGAAUAUUGAAGGAACAAACGCCAGCACCACCUUCAUGACGUGUCCCGCAGACCCCACAGAGACACUCGGCAUCCACCUGCCAGUUCUGGUCCUGCUCGUAAAACAGCUGAGGCACCCCUUCACCUUUGAGAUCCAGGUGUUGGAUGACACAAAGUUUCGACGCAGGUUUAAUCUAAGCAGCAGCUGGAGCUCGGCCCAAGUGUCUCCCUUUCGCUGCACCAUACCGCUGCAGCUGGACGGUCGCUGGCACAAGCUGGUGAUAGACCUGUCGAACUUCACCAAGAAMGUCUACGGGACAACUUACACAGAAACGCUGCGAGUCCAGAUUAACGCCAGCUGCUGCGUUCGGAGCGUGUACUUCUGUAAAAGGCUGUACUCUGAAGAGGAGACACCGGCAGAGUUUAAARUCCAGCUGGGCCUGAAACAUAAGACCAGGGCAAAGGAGUUCCAGCUCCAGACUGCUGGCCUCGAGGCGGCUGGGCCCUCAACGACAUGAAGAAACUGUAGAAAUAUGAGUUUGCAUGUAAACAAAGGCUUAGAUGUAAACUUGGACCAAAACAUCAGCAGUCAUGAUGAUGCAGAACCACAGAGAGGAGUUCUCCAUGCCUCAGAAGAAGCAGAUAUGAACUCUCGUAGACCUGCUG